CUUUAAAAACAGAAAGACAACUAAGCAACGAAAAUAUAUGGGCGAAGUUGUAAACGUGUAUCCAAAUUAGGGUACAAAGUGUAAACCAGCAUCCUUGUUCGUAAUUUUCGAACCUCUCUCUCCUGUCCAAUUGCUGUAAGAAUUAUCGCAAUUCAGCUCAGUUCUCAAUGAAACUGCUAACCCUAACCCAAAUUUUCUCAGGCCCGUGCCCAAUUUCAACAUUUCUCAGAACCUCAGUCCUGUGCUUCCCUUUAUUUUGACGGGUAAAGGUAACAACUUGAAUAUAUAGUACAAAUUAUACUUGCAUGAAAAUGUAGCCUGAUAAUGGUCCGUCCAAGUUACUAUUGUUUUACUCUAUGCAUUUUACUAUCAAAUUUCUCGGAUACCCAUUUGUACUUGAAUGUGUUUUUUUAGCAUAGUAUAAUUUUAGUUGUGGACAAUGGAGCUCGAACCGUUGGGAAUCAGGAAUGAUGUGAUUGAAUUUGAUAUGUUUAGCUUAGGAGUAGGAGACGAAACCAUUGACAUUGAACACCCUAUUGAAGGAGGGGAAAAUAAUCAAUUAAUGGAACCUUUUGAUGGUAUUGUUAGUGGUAGAAUUUCUGGUGAAGUUUAUGGGGAUAGGAAUCUUGAACCUUAUGAAGGAAUGGAGUUUGAGUCGGAAGAGGCUGCGAAAGCCUUCUAUAAUUUGUAUGCACGUAGGGUAGGGUUUAGUACGCGUGUUAGCAUGUCUAGGAGGUCUAGGCGUGAUGGGGCUAUUAUUCAGAGGUCGUUUGUUUGUGCAAGAGAGGGGUUUCGUGUUGAGAAGGAGAAGCCUGAGCGUGAUGGCGGUGGUGCUAGGAUUAAGAGACCCCGAGCUGAGACUAGGGUCGGGUGUAAGGCGAUGUUAGUUGUUAAGAUUCAGAAUUUGGGGAGAUGGGUUGUGUCAGGAUUUGUAAAAGAACAUAACCAUGAGCUUGUUCCACCUGAUAAGGUGCAUUGCCUGCGUUCACACCGACAUGUGUCGGGACCAGCUAAAUCGCUGAUUGAUACAUUACAGGGAGCUGGAAUUGGUCCGAGUGGGAUAAUGUCUACCUUGAUCAAGGAGUAUGGUGGAAUUAGGAGUGUUGGAUUUACGGAACGUGAUUGUAGAAAUUACAUGAGAAGUAGUAAACAGAGAACUCUUGGGGGUGAUACCCAAACUCUCCUUGAUUAUUUGAAACAAAAGCAUUUGGAAAAUCCAUCGUUUUUCUAUGCUGUUCAAGGAGAUGAGGAUCAUUGUAUGAGUAAUAUCUUUUGGGCUGACCCUAAGGCUCGGAGUAAUUUUAGUUAUUUCGGUGAUACUGUCACUUUUGACACCGCUUACAGAUCAAACAGGUAUCGGUUACCAUUUGCCCCAUUCACAGGGGUAAAUCAUCAUGGACAGCCAGUGCUAUUUGGUUGUGCUCUCUUAAUAAAUGAAUCCAAGGCAUCUUUUAGUUGGUUGUUUAGUACUUGGCUGACGGCAAUGUGUGGGAAGCCGCCAGUCUCAAUCACAACUGACCAUGAUCGAGUGAUUCGGUUGGCUGUUAAACAGGUUUUCCCCGAAGCACGUCACAGGUUCUGCAAAUGGCAUAUUUUCAAAGAAUGCCAAGAGAAGUUGUCCCACGUGCUCUCUGAGAAUAUUAAUUUUGAAGCAGAAUUUCAUAAAUGUGUAAGCUUGACGGAGUCCAUUGAAGAGUUUGAAGCUUGUUGGUUUACCCUGAUUGAUAAGUAUGAUCUUGGGGAAAAUGAGUGGCUUCAAGCUAUUUACGCUGAUCGCAAGCAAUGGGUCCCGGUCUAUUUGAGGGAUACAUUCUUUGCAGAAAUGUCUAUAAUGCAGCAUAGUGACAGUAUAAAUUCAUAUUUUGAUGGGUAUGUGAAUGCAUCAACUACUCUUCAACAAUUCAUUAAGCUGUAUGAAAAGGCUGUAGAGAGUCGCUACGAGAAGGAAGUUAAAGCAGAUUACGACACAAUGCAUAUUGGCCCUGCUCUGAAGACCCCGUCACCCAUGGAGAAGCAAGCUGCUGAGAUUUAUACAAGGAAACUGUUCAUAAAGUUUCAAGAGGAGCUCGUUGAAACACUCACAUUCUUGGCAACUAAAGUUGAUGAUAAUGAAGCAACAACUGUAUUUCAGGUGGCUAAAUUCGGGGAGAGUCAUAAGUCUUACGUAGUUCACUACAAUGUCAGGGAAAUUAAAGCGUCGUGUAGCUGUCAGAUGUUUGAAUAUUCCGGUCUCCUUUGCCGGCAUAUACUAACAGUCUUCAGAGUCACCAAUGUUCUCACGCUUCCUCCAUGUUAUGUUUUAAAGCGUUGGACUAGGAACGCUAAAAGUGGUCUCAUGUUGGAAGAACAGACCUGUAAUUUGUUAAAUAGUUGUCAGGAAUCUUUUAAUGUCAGAUAUAACAAUCUUCAGCGAGAAGCCUUCAAAUAUGUAGAUGAAGGUGGGAAAGAUGAGGAAUGUUACCAGGUGGCUAUGGAUGCCUUGCGAGAAGCUGCAAAUAAAGUUGCUAUUGUUAAGAAAACCUGUGCGGGAGUUUCUAAUUCUGGUGGAACUUGCAAAGGAGUGUUUGCCACUCAGGAGAGCCAUGUAAAUAAUCCUUUCGAGGCUCGUCAAUUGAGUGGAGGUCCUUCAACGCCUGUGGAUGAACAGGACAAGAAAAUACAGAAACUUACAUGGAAGCUGGAACGUGCAAGACAAAAAUGUGAAUUAUAUCGGACUAACUUAAUGACGGUCUUGAAAGAUAUUGAGCAGCAGAAGCUUCAGUUAACAGUUAAAGUUCAGAGUAUUAAGUUAGGCAUGAAAGGUUAAAAUUGUCUGUUUUGUGUAUUUGAAUGAAUCUACAAUCCACGACGCCCUAGACCCACACACAACUAUUAUUCUUUAGUUUUUUCUGCUAGAGUGAUAGAUUUUAUGCUAUAUUUACUCUACCUAUCUAUUAAGUUGUUCACCGAA